GUCAUAGCAUUAUAUACAAAGGACAGUUACAAGUUUACAACGUUCUCUGUUGAAACCCUCAGCACAUCGGCGACAAGAUGGUGUUCACUGUUAAGGACAUGACCUUCAAGGCUGGUCAGGAGCUGACCAUCUCUGGCAAACCCAAAUCUGAUUGUACUUUAUUCUCCAUCAAUAUCGGUCAUGACCCUGAUAACAUCGCCCUCCACUUCAACCCCCGCUUUAACUACCACGGCGACAGCAAGGUCAUUGUGUUUAACUCCAACCAAGGGGGAUGGGGCGAAGAGGUGAAGGAACACAGCUUCCCCUUUGACCAGGGCGAGAGCUUCAAGGUGGUGUUUAGCUUCAACAAUGAACAAUUCUAUAUCAAACUCCCUAAUGGCACAAUGACGAGCUUCCCUAAUCGCUUCGGCGAUGACGCCUUCAAGCAUUUUGACGUGCAAGGUGAUGUCAAGGUUCUGAGCAUCAAGAUAAAAUAAAGUGUUCUGCAGUGAUUUCACUCAUGGAAGAACAUCCAACCAUUCCAGUGGGCCAGAAGAUAUCUUCUUCACCCAGGCCUUUGUCACAAUGUCUUGUGGGUUUAGGGUCACUGAGAAACCUUGUAUGAUGUAAGUUCCAGUUGACCUGAACUGUGGUAAAGAAAGCAAUCUAAUAGUGUGUCUAAUAGGAUACCACAAACAUUUAUUAAUAAAAACCCACACAAAG